CAUGGGCUUGUCACACUUCACAAGCGUUUGCCUUGGCCUUUCCCUCAUCCCCUAAUGGCUUGGAUCCUUGCACCUGCAACUGCAAGUCGGCAGCAACCGAGAAGCUACCACUACUAGCUGCUCAGCUCAGCUCAAAAGCGUUGGGGUUUGGUGCACGAAAUGAGCAGCGCAUUGCCCGGAGCAUACUGGGCAAGAAGGAGAAGAAGAAGAUGUUGUUAGGAAUAGGAUUAGCCACGGGUUGCUGCUUCGUCGCCGGGGAAGUCAAGAAGCAGGACGAUGGUGGCGGCGGUGGCGCGCCGCCGGCCGGGAAGGAUGGUUCGAGGAUUAGCCCCGUGGUGGUGUUCGUCGUGGUGCUGUUCGUCGUGGUGCUGUUUGUGUCCGGGCUGUUUCAUCUCUUUGUCAGGUUCUUGCUCAGGCGAAGCCGUGCGCGCGCGGGGGGGGAGGCUGGAGGCGGCGAGGUUGGCGCGGGGGGCGGGGAGGAGUCCGCGCUGCAGAGACAGCUGCAGCAGCUGUUCCACCUGCACGACGCCGGGCUGGACCAGGACGUCAUCGACGCGCUCCCGGUGUUCAUGUACCGGGAGGUGGUCGGCGCCAAGGAGCCGUUCGACUGCGCGGUCUGCCUGUGCGAGUUCGCCGGAGAGGAACGGCUCCGGCUGCUGCCGCUGUGCGGGCACGCGUUCCACAUCGACUGCAUCGACACCUGGCUGCUCUCCAACUCCACGUGCCCGCUCUGCCGGUGCGCGCUCGGCGCGGACGCCGCCGCGCUGUUCGACGCGUUCGGCGAGAUGGCCGACUGCGGGGGCUGGAAGCACGAGGACGCGGUGCUCCCGGUGCGCCUCGGCAAGUUCAAGAACCUGUCCGGGGCAGCGCCCGGCCCCGGCCACGACGGCGGCAUUGUCACGAGGGAGGCUGGCCAGACGAGCAGCAGCAGCCUGGACGCCAGGAGGUGCUACUCCAUGGGCUCUUACCAGUACGUCCUCGCCGAGGCGAACCUGCAGGUGUCCGUUCACAGGAGGCACGGCGACGGCGACGGCAGGACGGCGGUGCGGCUCACAGGGGUCGGCACCGAGGCCGCCGCCGCCUCCGAGGGUAAGAGGAUCGGCGCAGGCAGCAAGGGCGACAGCUUCUCGGUGUCCAAGAUUUGGCAGUGGCCGAGGAACGGCAAGGGGAAGCUCCCGGUGCUCGCGUCCGACGACUCGCCGGCGAUGAACGGCAGGUUGCCGUGGCAGAGGAGAAGUCCCGGGGGUUCGUGAGACAAAGAAAACGUGUGCGAUGCUGCUCCGUGUGGUGGUGUGGGCUGCAAAUUUUCUUGAGCUGAUUUGCUCGUCUUUUUAACCGCUUAAUCUGUUCAUAGCCAUUCGUUUCGUUUACUCAAAUCACAUUUGUGUGUGCUGGUGAUCUUAGCUUUCUAUGAACAUGAUUAACUUUGUGUGGUGCUGAUUAUAAA